AUGAAAGACAAGAGGAAGAAGAAGGACCGCACCUGGGCCGAGGCUGCCCGCCUGGCACUAGAAAAACACCCCAACUCACCAAUGACAGCAAAGCAGAUAUUGGAGGUCAUUCAGAAAGAAGGGUUAAAAGAAACAAGUGGAACUUCUCCAUUAGCCUGUCUGAAUGCAAUGCUUCACACUAACACGCGAAUCGGGGAUGGAACAUUCUUCAAAAUCCCUGGGAAGUCAGGCCUCUAUGCUCUCAAAAAAGAGGAGUCAUCAUGCUCAGCUGAUGGAACUUUGGAUUUAGGCUGUGAGUCUGAAUUGGAUGGCUCAGAGAUGGCGGAGGCCAAUGCCAGUGGGGAAGGAAAUGGAGUGUGUGCGAAGCAGGUAACUGAUGAGGCGUCUUCCACCCGAGAUUCAAGCCUUCCUAACACAGCAGUGCAGAGCAAGUUAGUGUCUUCCUUUCAGCAACACACCAAAAAGGCUCUCAAACAGGCUUUGAGGCAGCAGCAGAAGAGAAGAAAUGGAGUCUCAAUGAUGGUAAACAAGACUGUCCCUCGUGUGGUUCUGACACCAUUAAAGGUGUCUGAUGAGCAGUCGGAUUCGCCUUCAGGAUCUGAAUCUAAAAAUGGUGAAGCAGACAGUUCAGAUAAAGAAAUGAAACAUGGGCAAAAAUCUCCCACUGGAAAACAAACAAGUCAGCACUUAAAGCGAUUAAAAAAGUCUGGUUUAGGACACUUGAAAUGGACCAAAGCUGAGGACAUUGACAUAGAAACCCCGGGAUCUAUUCUUGUCAACACUAACUUGAGGGCAUUAAUAAAUAAACAUACAUUUGCUUCCUUACCUCAGCAUUUUCAACAGUACCUCCUGCUUUUGCUCCCAGAAGUGGAUAGGCAGAUGGGAAGUGAUGGAAUUUUACGCCUCAGUACUUCAGCUCUAAAUAAUGAAUUCUUUGCAUAUGCAGCACAAGGCUGGAAACAGCGACUGGCAGAAGGAGAGUUUACUCCAGAAAUGCAAUUGCGGAUAAGGCAAGAAAUUGAGAAGGAAAAGAAAACAGAACCCUGGAAAGAAAAAUUCUUUGAAAGGUUUUAUGGAGAAAAGUUGGGCAUGUCAAGAGAGGACUCUGUAAAGCUCACAUCUGGACCAAACAUUGAUGGAGCUGAAAGUAGUUCUUCAUGUGGGACCCCUGGCCUUCCCAGUCUUUCUGCACAGACUCCUUUGAAAGAACAACAGCCAAAAAGCAUGAAAAGCCCAACUUCUCCAGAGCCUGAAUUCUGUGCUACGCUUUGUCCUAUGGUAGAUGUAGGCAAAGAUGUAAUGACAGAGUCAGAAUCAGAGGACAUCUUGAUCCCUGAAGAAUCUGUGAUUCAGGAGGAAAUUGCAGAAGAGGUUGAGACCAGCAUCUGUGAGUGCCAGGAUGAGAAUCACAAGACAAUACCUGAAUUUUCUGAGGAGUUGGAAAAUCCAGUCACCUCUCAUGAAGAGCCACAAAUGGCACCUCCUGAAGAUCACGUGGAGUCUUGUGUUAUGAUGAAUGAUGUUUUGGAAACUUUGCCUCCUAUCGAAGUUAACGUGGAAGAGAAAUCAGAGUCUCCCCAGGAAGAGAUGUCUGUUGUCAUUGAUCAGCUGGAAGUCUGUGACUCCCUCAUUCCUUCCACUUUAUCUGUGAGUCAUGUUAGUGACACAGAACAUAAAGAGCCAGAAACUGCACUAGAGACCAACACUCCAAAAAUUAAAACAGGGUCAGCGUCCCUAGAAGGCCGAUUUCCAAGUGAGGGCAUUGCCGUGGAUAUGGAGUUGCAGAGCGAGCCUGAUGAGCAGCUUUCUGAAAAUGCCUGCAUCUCUGAAACAUCCUUCUCUUCUGAGAGCCCAGAGGGAGCCUGUACCAGUCUGACAUCCCCAGGAGGGGAAAACCAGUCCACUUCAGAGGAGUCGUGUACCCCAACCUCCCUUGAGACAACGUUUUGUUCUGAGGUGUCCAGCACUGAAAAUGUGGACAAAUAUAAUCAGAGAAAUUCCACUGAUGAAAAUCUUCAUGCAUCUUUGCUGUCAGAAAUCUCUCCAAUAUCCACCUCACCUGAGACAUCAGAAGCAUCUUUGAUGUCCAAUUUGCCUUUGACAUCAGAAGCAUCCCCAGUGUCAAAUUUACCUUUAACAUCAGAAACUUCGCCCAUGUCUGAUUUACCUUUGACAUCAGAAACUUCUUCAGUGUCUUCCAUGCUUCUCACACCCGAGACCACUUUUAUAUCCAGUUUGCCACUUCCUUCAGAAACAUCUCCAGUUUCCAGUUCUUCCAUGAAUGAAAGAAUGGUGCAGCAACAAAGAAAGUCCACUUCUGUAUCUGAAGAACCACCCUCCCCACAGAAAGAUGAAGGUUCUGCCCCUGCCAAGCCCUUGGGAGAAGGUGUUACCUCUCAACAGAAGAUUCUGUCAAAUGCUCCUGAACCCAUCAAAAUGGCUUCUUCUUCAAUUGCUCCUGAAGCGUAUUCAUCAGAAGAAUUGCACAGUAACACCCUGAAUCAGCAGCCGGGUAAAUCACACGUUGAAACUGAGAAAUCCUAUCCCACUUCGAUUCCAGAACUUCCUUCUACAGAAAUGAUAAAAGUGAAAAAUCAUAAUGUCCUGCAAAGAGCAGAAAAGAAAGGGAUGUCUUCACCAUUGGACUUACCCGUCUUUUCUGAAGAGACAGAGACUAAGGGAAAUGAGGUCCCAUCAGCUAAACUACAGGACAAACAGUACAUCUCCUCGGUAGAUAAGGCUUCAUUUUCAGAAGGCUCUAGAAAUAAAACGCAUAAGCAGGGGAACUCACAGAAUCGGCUAGAGAACUCACAUCCUUCCAAGCUGUCAGAGCCCUCCAAGUCCCCAGAUGGGGUAAGAAAUGAAAGCAGAGAGUCUGAAAUAUCAAAGAGGAAAACUGCAGAGCAUCACGGCUUCGGGAUUUGUAAGGAGAAGAGGGCUAGGAUAGACGCUGACCAGUCAUCUGCCGGACGGAACACCUCGUCCAGCAGCCCACCUGAGAAAGAGCCGCCCCCAAGAGAGGAGCCAAGGGUCCCACCUCUCAAGAUCCAGCUAUCCAAAAUCGGGCCACCCUUUAUCAUCAAGAGCCAACCCGUCUCCAAACCAGAGGCUCGUGCGUCUUCCAGCACCUCGGUCAGCAGCGGGAGGAACACGGGAGCCCGGACCCUGGCAGACAUCAAGGCCCGAGCCCAGCAAGCCAGGGCCCAGCGCGAGGCGGCGGCUGCGGCGGCUGUGGCAGCCGCAGCCAGCAUCGUCUCAGGAGCCAUGGGGAGCCCCGGAGAGGGCGGGAAGGCCCGGACCCUGGCGCACAUCAAAGAGCAGACGAAGGCCAAGCUCUUUGCUAAGCAUCAAGCGCGAGCCCACCUCUUCCAGAAUCCGAAAGAACCCCGGGGGCCUCCCCUGCUCGGCCCAAAGGAAGGGCCUCCAAGCUUAGACGUCAUUUCUCCUGCUCCUGAAACAAAAAUUGAAGGCUCACCUGGCGUCAUCAUUGUUAACCCGAACUGCCGAUCUCCCAGCAACAAGGCCGCACACCUCCGGGAUACCGCCACGGUUCUCCAGCAGCCUCUCACCCCGGCGAAACUUCCAGAAACCGCCGCGGACUUAUCUGUGCAUAGUUCUGACGAAAACACACCCGUGUCACACUUAUCUGAGAAAAUAGUUUCAUCUACCUCUUCUGAAAAUAGCAGUGUGCCCAUGCUUUUUAAUAAAAAUCCCGUCCCCGCGUCUGUCUGCAGCACCGCUCUGUCGGGAGCAAUUAAAGAGCAUCCCUUUGUGAGUCCUGUUGAUAAAUCCUCUGUCCUAAUGUCUGUUGACAGUGCAAACGCUACAAUUUCUGCUUGUAACAUAAGCAUGUUAAAAACCAUCCAGGGAACGGACAGCCCAUGCAUAGCCAUUAUACCAAAAUGUAUGGAGAGCACAUCUCUCCCUGCCCCCUCGGAAGGCACAGGCUCAGCCAGCCCCCACAAUGACCAGCUGGCACUGGUACCCAGCAGCAGUGCUGGCAGCCUCGUCUCUGCUCAGUACACCUCCGUGCCAGCUCCCUCGAUUGGAAGCAACUUGCCCAACCAUCUCUCCACUAGCUCUGUCUUGAUGCCCCCAACGGGAAUGAACAACAGAUACCCUUCUGAGAAGAUAGCCAUGCCUGGGAGCGAAGAACCGGCCACCGUGCCCAUGGGCACUACUGUGAGAGCCGCCCUCAGCUGUAGGGACCCCAUUGCGGUCACCGACGCCCUGGUGGCACGCCCACCCGUGGCAGUGUUUUCUGGAAGCAUGCUGACCAUCAGCUCUUACGAUAGCCCUCCCAAGUUAAGCACCGAAAGCCAUGACAAAACUUUAGGGACUCGAAACAGGGGAGACCCUUCUGGAAAACCUCAGCCAACCCCAGGCGGCUUCACACCUGCAGCCAUAAAUCGAUCCAUCCCGUGUAAGGUCAUCGUGGACCACAGCACCACGCUGACCUCCACACUGUCUCUGACCGUUUCCCUGGAGAGUGCGGAAGCCGGCUUGGAGCUCCAGACCCGGUCCGGGAGGACGGAGGCAGCUGGGCCACCCGUGGCCUGCCCGCAGGUGUCUGUCAUCAGCAGGCCUGAGCCGGUGGCCCCUGAAGGCGGAGAUCACGGUUCCAGUUUCAUCGCGGCUUCCGCGGCCGAGCAAGACAGUCAGACAAUGAAGGCCACUUGUCCGGGUCUUCGCGAAGGACUCCUGGUCGUUCCCGAUAAAUUAAAAGAGGGGGCUCCCCCGAGUCACAGCUUUGCCGAGCAGGCGCGUGGCUCAGCCGCGUUCAAGAGUGAAGCUGAUACCACCUGUAGCCAUCCGUACAACUCGGGCAGCCGGAUCUGCUGGAGCGAGGACGGGAUGCGGAGCACAGGCCAGCCUCAGCCCAACCACCCGGCUUCCAGCAAACAGAAGGACUAUCUGGAGCAGAACUGUCCCAAGUCCAUCAAGACCGAGCACGCCAGCUACUCGCACGUGGCGGAACUUCAGCCUCGGAGUCUCAUCACAAGCGUCACACUCCCCGUGAAGUCCGAACCUCAUGACGUGGACAAGGGCUUCAGGAUGGACACCGAAGACUUCCCCGGCGCCGAGCUGCCUGCUCCCACCGCCGAGGCAGCCCCGAGUGCGCAGCCGCCGCAGGCCGUGAAGGCCCCCGCCUCUGGGGCCUUGGAGGAGGCCGUCUCUUUGGCCACAGACAACCUGAAGCGGGUGCCCAGCGCUGGGAGCUCCAGCUGCCGUCUGUCCUCGGUGGAGGCCAAUAACCCCCUCGUCACACAGUUACUCCAGGGCAACCUGCCUCUGGAGAAAGUGUUGCCGCAGCCCAGACUGGGAGCCAAGCUGGAGAUCAACAGGCUCCCCCUGCCUCUUCCGACUACCUCAGCGGGUAAAGCAGCCCCGGAGAGGAACGCGGUUGAAAUGCCCCUCAGCUCGCCCAACCCAGAUGGGAAGGGCUACCUGGCCGGAGCCCUGGCACCGCUCCAAAUGAGGAAGCGAGAGAACCACCCCAAGAAGAGGGUGGCCAGGACCGUAGGGGAGCACACGCAAGUCAAGUGCGAGCCGGGGAAGCUGCUGGCGGACCCCGACGUGAAAGGGGUGCCCUGUGUCCUCGGCUCCGGCCUGAGUCCGCUGGCACACAGCCAGCCUCUGAAGCAGGAGUGGCUGAACAAGCACCCCGCGCAGAGCAGGAUUGCUCACAGCCCUGAGGUCAAACAGCAGAAGCGGCUGCUCCCCUCGUGUAGCUUCCAGCAGACCCUGUUUCACGUCGACAAGAAUGGGGGCUUCCAUCCCGACCCCGGGACCUCGCACAGACAGCAGUUUUACCAAAUGCCUCUGACACCCAGGGGCCCCCUUCCUCCUGCAGCCCUGUUACCGGCCUCUGCCAAGACCCCAGCGGGCUGUAACGCGUUCGCCUUCAACAGGCACCUUGAACAGAAGGGACUGGGGGAGGUUGGCCUUUCCCCGGCGCCUCACCAGCUGAGGUUAGCCAACAUGGCACCCCCCAACGUGCCCAUUAAAGAAGGUGAUGACGUCGGGGGGACCCCACACGGAAUGCCGCACAAGGCCCUGGUGCAUCUCCCGCCGCCCCCGCCUCCUCCCCCUCCCCCUCCCCCCUUGGCUCUGCCCCCGCCGCCCCCACCACCGCCGCCUCCGCUACCUCCGCCUCAUCCUAACCCGGAAGUCCCAUCCGAGCAAAAACAACCGCCGGUUACCAUGGAAACCACUAAGCGACUCAGUUGGCCACAGUCCACGGGCAUAUGUAGCAAUAUAAAAUCGGAACCUCUUUCUUUUGAGGAAGGUUUGAGCAGCAGCUGCGAACUGGGCAUGAAACAAGUUUCCUACGACCAGAGUGAGAUGAAAGAACAGUUGAAGGCCUUUGCGCUGAAAAAUGCCGAUUUCUCUUCCUAUUUGCUUUCCGAGCCGCAAAAGCCUUUCACCCAAUUAGCUGCUCAGAAAAUGCAGGUGCAGCAACAGCAGCAGCUCUGUGGAAACUAUCCAACCAUCCACUUCGGGAGCACAAGCUUCAGAAGGGCCACGUCUGCCAUUGAAAAGUCCAUUGGGGUUUUGGGAAGUGGCUCCAGUCCCACCACGGGCCUGCCUGCUCAGAACGCCCAGAUGCCUGUUCAGAACUUUGCCGACAGCAGCAACGCAGACGAAUUGGAACUGAAAUGCUCUUGCCGGCUGAAAGCCAUGAUUGUGUGCAAAGGCUGCGGGGCCUUUUGCCAUGACGACUGCAUAGGGCCUUCUAAACUCUGUGUCGCUUGCCUGGUUGUGCGAUAA